AUGUCAAACGACAAGAAUGUGAAUGGAUUAAAUGCAAUGGUUAGGUGUGUUGAACAAACUUCAAAAGUUGAUCAGAAGUUGAAUUAUGAGAAUCAGAGAGGGGCUGAAAAUGUCCGAAGUCAUGUCCCCAGCAGAGAGUUUAUGAUGAAGAACAGAGCGAUGGAAAAGAAUGAAAAAAAUGAGACUUUAGAUGAUUCUUCAGAUAGUGAUGCUCAGAUAAGGGGAAUGAGUGAAAUUGGUUUUGGCAAUAUGUUGUUGCUUAACAUUAUUGAGUUGCCAAUGAAGCUUGGAUACUGGGUACAUGACAGUUUCGACCCGAAGAGCUGUGAAAUCAGCUUAGGAAUUGGAUUAACACAAGAUGAAUUGCCCGAUUUAAGCUUAGUAUCUUAUACCUCCACACUGAAUGACUCAUUGAAGAUGCUAGAUGAGCAACCGCAGAGCAAACACAAGGAGCAACAAGUGGCUGGAAAAAGAGUGUUGGAGGGACUGAUAAGUAGGCAAAAUGAGGUGAUUAUCAAUGGCAAAGGUAAGGUGCCCACAAAAACAAACGAGGCAGAUGCUCCAAUGGUGAAGAGUAAAGGGAUUAUAAAGCAAGCACAUCCAAUAUUGCAGCACACCGGAUUGAGAGGACAAGCUAUAAAGGAAACUCUUGUUCCACCAACACAUUUUGAGAAGAGAAGAUAUCCUGCAAAUAGUAACAUGUUGGAAAAAUUGUCCCCCCCUUAUGGCACAAGAGUGAUUGCAUUAACAGAAAGUUUAAACAAGUUCGAGAGAGAUCUAUGUCACUGGAUAAUGUACAAUUCUCAAGUAAAUAUGGAUGACGUGGUGUUUUCUAAUGGCCAAAUAGAAGUCCAGAAGGGUGAAUUGAUAACAUUGCGGCCGUCGAAGUAUAUAUGCAGCUCAAUAAUAGACGUUUGGAGCAUAGUGUUGAACCAUAUAGAAUCAGAAUGCUCACCAAACUCACCACUCAGAUUCUUUGCUUCGACAAAAACAUGUUUCUUUUUCCCCAUUCAUCACGCCGAACAAUACUCCGUUGUGUGUUUUGACAUUAAAAAAGCAUCAGUAAGCCUAUUUGACAGCUCCACUACAGCAUUGGACAAUUCACUUGAUGUCAAAUACAAUGGCAUUCCAAUGGCACUUGGCAGAAUGUUAUCUCAAUAUUUGGAACAUUGUGGCUUAGUAGAGGAAGCGGCAGUGAAAAGAAACAUUAAAGUUGAAAGGAUUAAGAUGUCAUGGGAGAAGAAACGCACAAGAAAGACAUCGGGAUAUCUGAAGUUUUUGAGAGGAAAAUAUUGUGCUGCCAUCCUAGCAGCUGAAAAUAAUAUGCUCAAGAAUUUGAAGAUGUUUGCUGCAAACAUGCACUACCAAUUGUCAUUUGAGGAUAGUUCAGUCGAUGUAGUCCCACCGUGGAUGAAUGAAAUCAGUGUAGAAGAUGAAUAA